AUGAAGAUUCCCUAUGUAGUAUCACCAAAUACCCGGGAGGCAUACAGAACAGCACCUAUCAUGGUAGCUUCUACUGGCGAAGCUCCUCGUAAAAUAGUAGCAGAAGACUUUGAAUGGGAUGAUAACUUAACUCCAGCGCCUCUUACAUAUUUUGCCGCACUAUCACUAUCUAGAGUAUUCCACAAAAUCAAUCCUCUUCAAAAAAUCUUACAAAAAGAUAUUAAUAUGCUGAUGGAUCUAUAUCCUGCCGAUAUUCCUCUAAAAUUCAGUGUUCCUUACAUAAAGGACGAGCAAUAUUGGAAAAGAUCUUUUUAUUCAAAAUUUCCAUCACGUAAAGAAAUGGGGGUUACGUAUUGGAAGGGAAAAUUUUUAUCCGCAUGCUUACAAGAUUACUUAGAAAAUGUUAACCCUGAUGUAUUUAUAGAGGAUGAUGCAGUGGAAUUGGCCAAAUUAGUAAGUCCCUAUAUUUUUGAGCUAGGUCUGAGGCAACUGCAAAUGGUUCGACAACCGACUCCUCCAGUUCCAUGUGAAAAUGCCGUAGAAGAUAAUUGUCAGUUUAGCGUCCCGAAAGUCUUUGAUCAUAUACCUUUAGAACCAGUACUUGCAAAACUAUUUAAUUUACAAGAAAUAUCUCUAAUUUUUGGAAUAAGUGAGCUUCAAGAUAGCUACAUGACAAGAUAUUUUGAAUUUUCAUUAGCAGACUGUGAAUCUUUAUGUAGAGGUCUAGAGUAUUUACAACAUCUAAAAACAUUUAGAAUCAAUAGAAGUAAUUUAGAUUGUUCAAAAGUUAAGCUGAUUCUACAAAAUCUUGUAAAAAAAGAAUCUAUUGAGGAGUUAGAUUUUAAUCAUUGUAAAAUUGGGGAUUAUGGGAUGAAAGCUUUGGGAGGGUUUAUCUCGAUUCACAAAAAUGUUAAAAGAGUGAAAAUCGCUAACAAUAGAUUCAAGGAGGUGGGGGUACAAGGCAUAGCUUAUGCCUUACAAAUGAAACCAGCCGCACCUAUCGAAUUAAUAGAUUUCAGUUUAAAUCCUAUGUCAAAUGAAUGUGCUACUAUUUUUGCUGCUGCAUUUGUUCGCUGCAAGGAAAAGCCUCAAACAUUGAUUGUAAACUCUUGUGGAUUUCACGGAGUUUCUGCAGAAAAGAUGGCAGGUUUACUGUGUCUCAACCGUGGCCUUACAAGAUUAGACAUGGCUGCCAAUAACUUAUCUGGCGAAGCGGAGAAAACUCUUAUUCGCGCCUUAGAACAAAAUAAAAAGGUGCUGAGAGUCGAUUUACGUCGUACCCAUAUUUCCGAGGAAACGCAAACUAAAGUUAACGAGUUAUUAGAAAGAAAUAAAAAGCUUAUUGGCGUUGAAAUGGAGCCAAGCGAUGAAAUUCCACCAUUAUACCUCAAUGAGCCUGAGUACUUAAUAUGGGAAUACAAUCCAAACAACCCUGAUUGCAUUCCUGGUAGAUAUCCAGAGAGGACCCCGGAAGUA